GCGGCGCGCACGCCUGCGGGAGCCCUCUCCAGGCAACCUAGUGCUGAUCGCUCGUGCCGGUGCGGCCGUUAACCGCCCUUGCGGGAGCCGGAGACUCACGAGCAGCCCCCUCCCCUUCCUGGGCUUCCCCCCACCCACUUCCCGGUCGGCUCUGGAGCAUGAGCAGCGAUGGCCGGCUGCAGCCCUGAGGAGAAAACUUACCGGCGCUUCCUGGAGCUAUUCCUAGGCGAGUUUCGCGGACCGUGCGGCGGCGGAGAGCCCGAGCCGGAACCAGAACCCGAAUCCGAGCCUGAGUCCGAACUGGUAGCGGCUGAGGCGACCGAGGCUUCGGUCGAGGAAUCCGGGGAGGGGGCAGCCACCGUAGCCGCGACGGAGGAGGGGGAGCAAGAGCAGGAGCAAGACCCCGAGCCCGAGGAGGCAGUAGAAGAGGAGGCGUUGGCGGCGGCGGAGGGCGAGGAGGAGGCGGCGGCGGCCCGGGGGCAGUCGGCCGUGCCGCCGCCACCGCAGCCCCUGCUGCCGCCGCUGCCCCCGCUCCCGCGGCCGCUGUCGGAGCGCAUCACCCUUGAGGAGGUGGAGGGCGAGAGCCUGGACCUGUGCCUACAGCAGCUCUACAAAUAUAACUGCCCUUCCUUUUUGGCUGCUGCUUUAGCCAGAGCUACAUCAGAUGAAGUCCUACAGAGCGAUCUCUCUGCACAUUAUAUUCCAAAGGAAAUGGAUGGCACUGAAGGGACUGUGGAGAUUGAGACAGUGAAAUUGGCCCGUUCUGUCUUCAGCAAGCUACAUGAGAUUUGCUGCAGCUGGGUGAAAGACUUCCCUCUCCACAGGAGACCCCAGCUUUACUAUGAGACAUCAAUCCAUGCCAUCAAAAACAUGCGCAGGAAGAUGGAGGACAAACAUGUCUGCAUUCCUGACUUCAAUAUGCUCUUCAACCUAGAGGACCAGGAAGAACAAGCUUAUUUUGCAGUGUUUGAUGGCCAUGGGGGAGUGGAUGCUGCCAUUUAUGCCUCCGUUCACCUGCACGUUAACUUAGUACGCCAGGAGAUGUUCCCCCAUGAUCCUGCUGAGGCCCUGUGCCGGGCUUUCCGGGUCACUGACGAGCGGUUUGUACAGAAAGCGGCCAGGGAGAGCUUACGAUGUGGGACCACAGGAGUGGUGACUUUUAUCAGAGGCAACAUGCUACAUGUGGCCUGGGUAGGUGAUUCCCAGGUUAUGCUUGUGAGAAAGGGCCAAGCUGUUGAACUAAUGAAGCCACACAAACCUGACAGAGAGGAUGAAAAGCAGCGAAUUGAAGCCCUUGGAGGUUGUGUAGUCUGGUUUGGUGCCUGGAGGGUGAACGGAAGUCUGUCGGUCUCCAGAGCUAUUGGAGAUGCUGAACAUAAGCCAUAUAUCUGUGGGGAUGCAGAUUCUGCUUCUACUGUUCUGGAUGGAACUGAAGACUACCUCAUUCUGGCCUGUGAUGGCUUCUAUGAUACCGUGAACCCUGAUGAGGCAGUGAAAGUUGUGUCUGACCACUUGAAGGAGAAUAAUGGAGACAGCAGCAUGGUUGCCCACAAAUUAGUGGCAUCAGCUCGUGAUGCUGGGUCAAGUGAUAACAUCACUGUUAUUGUGGUAUUCCUGAGGGACAUGAACAAAGCUGUAAAUGUUAGUGAGGAAUCAGAUUGGACAGAGAACUCUUUUCAAGGAGGGCAAGAAGAUGGUGGGGAUGAUAAGGAGAAUCAUGGAGAGUGCAAACGCCCUUGGCCUCAGCACCAGUGUUCAGCACCAGCCGAUCUAGGCUAUGAUGGGCGCGUGGAUUCAUUCACUGAUAGAACUAGCCUGAGCCCAGGGUCCCAAAUCAACGUGCUGGAAGACCCAGGCUACCUAGAUCUCACACAGAUAGAAGCAAGCAAACCUCACAGUGCCCAGUUUUUGCCACCAGUUGAGAUGUUUGGUCCUGGUGCACCAAAGAAAGCAAAUCUUAUUAAUGAGCUAAUAAUGGAGAAAAAAUCAGUUCAAUCAUCAUUGCCUGAACGGAGUGGUGCUGGAGAGUUUCUCUCUUCUUUUAAUUUGGGUUCAACAGGGCAGCAGAUAUGCAGAAUGGAGAGUUUGUCUCCUGUUUGUUCUAGAUUGGAAAAUGAACAGUUCAGAUUCCUGGGAAAGAGAGUUUCUAGAUUGUCUCAUUUACGCUACCACUACUCAAAGAGGCGGCAUGGAUUCAGGUUUAAUCCAAAGUUUCAUUCUUUUCUUUCUGCUCGAGAGCCUUCCCACAAAGCAGGCACUAGCCUGUCCUCACUUAUUCGAAGUGGGAAGAGGAAUAGGAUGUUAAGAAGUUCUCUGCCAUGGAGGCAAAGUAGUUGGAAAGGGUACAAUGAAAACAUGAUGAGGAAACUCAAAAAGAAUGAUAUUCCAUAUCCAGAUCUUCCCUGGAGCUUUAAAAUAUAAUACUUUCUCUUUAAAGUAGGCUAGCUAGCUCUCCCCCAAUAAAAAUAUCAUUAUCAGAGUAGAAACAAGGUAGACAUUUCUGAAAUAUGUGUGCUUCAUUAUGAAACCAUGGAUGGCUCAAUUCUUAAAUGUAAAUAGAUCUCUAGGAAACUCAAUACAAUUGUGUUUUCAAUUUAAUAAAAAAAAGUAUUGGCGGUUUCACUAGCAAAAUUAUACAACUGGUCCCUGUGAUGUGUCUCCAUACCUACAUACAACCCCCACCCCAUCACCCUUUCACAUCACUAGUGGAAGCUCGUGAGUUAUUUCAGUCAGGAUAUAUAGUGUUGAAGUCUCCGUGCAGGUGAAAUCUGGUCUGAUGUGCCUAAUAUAUCUCUGGAAAACAAUGCAGAAUUAGAUCUAGUUGAGGAAUGUUCUCAAAAGACUGGGGACUGUGAGGGAAAACCCCUCCCCCCCUUUUUGGUGGGUAAAAGACUAAAAGCCAUAUGGGAUUUAAAUGGUAACAAUGAAAGUGGAAAACUAGUGUAAAAAUGUCAUAUUCUCAAGCUUGUGAGGCAGUAUAUAUAGUCAAACAAAUCCACUAAUUUUUUCUGUAACAUAAAAGACUGAUAAAUUUUUGAAUUAAAAAGUAUUUCCUAGGGCUGUAGCUAUUCGGGAGUUUCAUAACCUGUUAUGGUGCUUUUGAUGGAAUUAUUUGCUUUUUUAGAAGACCGCUGUCAGUUGGUUUUAAUCUAUGAUGCUAAUGUGUUUUUCACUGUACCUUCAUCUCAGGAAUAAAACUUGUUUAACAGAGAUGAUUUCAGGUACAAAUACACUAUAAUCAGGUUGCCAUUUGAAAAAAAAUCAAGUAGUAUUUCUAUUUUUUUCUGCCUUUUUUUUUUUAAGUUCACAGACAGCAAAGGCAUAUACUACAGUAAAAAAGUGGUUUUGGAGAAUAAAAAAUACUAGUUUUAACUUCUGUAAGAUUGUUUCCCUCAAGGGAAUGAAAUAACUGGGAGAGGCUUAAAGUACUGCCUAAAAGUAAGCCCAGAGGCCAAGUGCAAAGGAGAAUGCAGAUUACUGAGACUGAGGUCUGUUUACUACAUACAGCUUCAGACCACAGAAAUAGACAUGUAUUUCUCAUUUCAAUAUUUAUUUACAUUUGAUAUUUUGAAAUUGUCUGCUUUUUGCCAUUUCUGCAGUUUCAAGUCAGAAGCAUAUCUGCAAAUAAGGCAGCAGAUAAACUAAUAAACAGAUUCAUUUAGUGAAGCAGCCUGAUUUCUCUGAGAAUCAGGACUGUCUCCACAUGACAUUUUGCCCUCCCCCGUCAGCCACCGAGCAGCCACGCCAAUGCUCAUCCUGCCAGGAGGCACUAAAUGCUCUUGCUGAGAAAUGUCCACUGACCUAUCGUGUUUUUACAUAAUACUAAUACAAGUUACUUUGUUUCCCAGACUCAUAAUGAAGGAUUAAAAUUCUUGGACUCUUAAAAACAGGACUGUAACAUAUUUUUGUCUGCCAGUGUAGCUAUAUCAAAUAAAUAAAAACAGCUUCACUUUAGCAACAGAUUGUUAAUCUACAGAUUUUAUUUUUUAAAAUUGGGAUAUAAGUAGAGAUUUUUUAGUAUGUUUUCCCUUAUUCUGAAGUCACUUCUUUUUUCUUGGGACACAUGGCUGAAAGGGAAGAGGAAACGGCUCCGACUAUAGUACCAGAACCUCUUCACCAUCCUGCUGCUUUACCCUCAUUCCAUGGACUCACUCACAUCUGUCAUGUUCCGAAGCCUAGAUCUUGUUAACAACCCAUCAGGUGUAGUGUGAGUUUCAAAUCAGAUUAUCUAAGGAAACAAGAAAACAGAAGCAGCAGAACAUCGGUAUAUAGUCCAAAAAGCACUUAGCCAAGUUAAAAAAGUUUUAAGAUUUUUCUAUAGUUGUCUAUUGCUAAUGAUUUUGAUCAGAAUAAAGAGGGUGAAAGGAAAGAAGGUAAAAGUGAUUGAUAGGUUUUUUCAGUGGGGAAAAAUGGUUGAGUGAAAUUGGGACAAACACAGACCCCAUCUUUAAGGGUCUGAACUUUGUAGGUGUGACUACAUAAGCAGUGUUAACUCCAUUUCUCAUACUGGUAGCCCUCUAGAAAAUAAAGCAAAGUAGUUCUAGUGUGGUCAAGUUAUAAGCCAAUAUUGUAAAAAAAAAAAAAAUAGCAGCUAUUCAUUUGUUCACAACAUGCAUAUUUAUAGAGUAGUUAAGUACCAAUUGUAAGGUAAGUCCUUUAAAAUUCUAUAAUACAUAUUAAAGUAGCGGUUAUUGGUCUGAUAUAUGCUGCUCUUGGUUCUAUAAACUAGAUAAAAAAGCAGUGCUUUGUGAAAUGCAGUGUUAUAUCUUAAUGCCACUGGUGAUAGAAAGUAGUUCCCUUCAGUUUAAAUCCUGUGCCCUUAUUUGCUGCUUGCUGACGUAAGCAAUAAGUACCCCUCUAACUAAUGGUAUCUACACAUUUCUGUAGCUUGUAUUUAAAAAUGAUGGUGUAUCUGGUGAUUGUAAAAAUAUUAGACAGAUAUAAAAGUAUAUAAUAUAUAUUAACUGUUAAUGCUGAGGUAUAGUCUGUGAAUUAUGUGUUUUGUACUUUUAUUCAUUGUGUAAUUUAGUGGUGGUGGAAGUUUUACACUCAGUCCUUAAGAGUGGCAGUAUCCCUUUUACAAUUUAACAUGACCUGCAUCAUUUUGUUUGCCUGCUAAAGUUUUGUUAGAAUAGGAAAUAGUAAAACAAAUAUAAAAAAGAAAGGUAGUACUGGAUAGGGAAACAGACUUCAAGUCCCUAACUGAAGUCAAUACAAAAAACUCCUUGUACAUUCACUGAGUUUCAAAGAGAAUCAGUCCCUAACUUAAAGGUUUCCUUUGUUCACUUUCUGGAUGUGUACUUUUGAAGGAUAUAUGAGGUUAAGCAACAUUACAGCACCAAACACUGGGGCUAUUAAUCCCAUUUAGGUCUGUACUAAAAAUGAUGGUGGAAAUACAUGUAUAUAUCUUUUUUUUAACCUAGAAGUGCCAUCCAUUGUCCUUGAAUUAAUGAGAAUAAAGUUACUGUUACAUUUAACUAGGAGGAUCCUUGAAAGUAACACUUUUUCCAAGGACAAUGUCAACAAUGUCGAUGUCAACACUGAGUCUGAUUCUGACCACAUUCAUAGUGGUACAAUGUCAACGUGGCAGUAAAGUGUCAUUGCAUCUUCAUGACAACCACACUCCUUUGUUGGAACACUGUGCCAGUAACAAGUGCAACAUCAAUGGGCAGAUGAAAUGAUGCAUAAAGAAGUCCAGUGUUUACAGAUACAACUGCUGUGGUUCAAGUACUUCCUUCCCCAUCAAAGGCUUACUGAGACUUUGCGAGAAAGUGACCUAAAUUAUUAUUUUAAUGUUUAAAUAUAACUUGUUCACUCAUUGAUCAUUCUCACCUAAGCAAGGCCAUAAAAGGGGAUACUAUAGUUUUAGUCAUAUCAUAAUUUAGGACAGUUUUUCUUUAGAUCAUAAAGAGCAAAAGCAAGAACCUACUUUUUUCAGCUUUUAAAAUCCAUGUGAUAUUAAAGGACAAAAACCCACUCUUCAGAUCUGUGAAUAGAUUAAAUGUUUUGUUUUUUUCAAAAUAAGGUACUACCAGUGUUACCACAUAACUACUUCCCAGAAAAAGGUACUGUGUUAAAAUAUAAUUCCUCUAGCAGCAUUUUAUCUUCUAUUUUGAAGACUAUUUAUUGUAUUAUUAGAAAAUAUGAAAUAAGAAACUCCAGACUGACACAGCAAUUGUCCUGGAGAAGGAAAUACUCUAAUAAACUUUGAUGUAUUAAAAUAAUCCACAAGUACAUCAUUGUUAAUUCUCACUCUAGGUGCUCUUUGGUGAGAGACAGGCUUUGUUCUCUUGUUCAUGACAUUUCUCUGCAAAGAAUUCUCUAUGGAGUGGAGCGAAUGAAAUGAAUCAUUUCUUACCAAGUAAAUUUAUCAAUUUACAAAAACCUUCUUUACAGCUCACUUUUGAGUUCAGUUGUAAUAGCGAUCCUUCAUAUUUUAUUAAUUAAAACUGUUCAUUCAGGUAAGAAGUAUGUUGAAAUUUUGCCAAUAUCUUAAUAAAACCCAGCAAUUU